GUGAUUGAAUAUAGCAUUUUAUCUUUGCUAUGCAAUUAUCGUUUCUUUAAUUUUAGAGAAGUAUGAAACCCUACAGCACUUUGUAAGAGAUACAGAUAUGCCACUAACAAGAUUUGAAGCACAGAGACGGAUGAACUUAAUGCUUCGGCACAUUGAAGUGGAAACUGAUAUUAAGAUAGCAAUGAUUCAACACAGAGUAGAGGAGGAGUUCACAAAAGAAAAGGCCUACGAAUUAAAUGCGGGAAUUGCGAAGAUUCAAGGGCAUUUUAAGGCUAAAGAAGAAAGGCUCUUGGCUCAAAGCAAAGCUUUUCAGGCGGUUACUAAAGCUAAAUGGCGCUUAGAAUAUCUAAAGGCUAGAGAAGAGUGUGUCUGGGAUGUUAUCAAUGGAUGUCGCUACAAAAUGAGAAAAAUGUGCAACAAGAAGCCCCAUCGAUAUGUUCCAUUGCUGGAAAAGUUGAUUGUGCAGGGUCUUGUCAGGAUGCUGGAAAUAGAUGUGGAAAUAAUGGUUAGAAAAAAAGAUCGGACAUUAAUAUCUGAAGUCCUACCAGUGGCUCUGGACAAGUAUAGGAAGAUAACAGGAGUGAAGAAAUUGUAUGUAAGACUCUGUCCUGAGGAAAAUACAAAUGAAAAAUAUUUUGAUGAACAAAUAGGUGGCAUAUAUCUUUUUGCCAGAGGAGGCAAAAUUACUCUUGAUGAUACAUUUGAAACACGUCUGAUUGUAAUCAUUUCACAAAUAAUGCCAGAGAUAAGAAUGACUCUUUUUGGAAAAAUACAUCAGAAAUUGGAUGUACCUUGUUUUGCACCGCAGUUUACUUUUGGUGAGGAAGAGAGUGAUGAAGAUGACAGCCCACAUGUUGAUACUGGAAGUAGGGCUACUUACAUUUGUUACCCUAAAUAAAAUAAAAGUUACCAAGAAUUUUAACUAUUUUUGGUGCCAUUUGGAGAUGUUCUCAU